UCUCAUGCACACUUUCUCUGUCUCUCACUCACACUCACACACAUACUUUCACACACUCACACACUCUGGGCGCUGCCAUUGGGUCACUCAUCCUCACAGCUCGGUGUGAACCAGCAGGAAUAGCCAGCAUUGACUCAACAAUGUUGGGAAAGAGAGCUUUAUCUGUGCUUCUGUUUGCUGUGGCUCUUGGAGUCUACCUCCUGCCUUCUCCCAUAGAUCCCAAACCACACAUACUGAAGGGCCCCCCCCCAGCCCUCGAGGGGCCCCUGGCCGUCAACACCCGAUUACAGAAAGGUUACAGGCUCUUUAGCGGGAAACUACACGGACCAGAGUCCUUCACUGCUGAUGAGGAGGGUAAUGUGUACACUGGAACAGUGGAUGGGAAGCUGUGGAGAAUCGGUCCAGAUGACAGCCUCACCCUCAUCACCCAGAUGGGACAGGACAUACCAGAAUGUGGCAGUAGUACAGACUAUGAGCCAGUGUGUGGCCGUCCUCACGGUGUCCGUCUGGACCGUCAUGGUCAGCUGAUAGUGGCUGACUCCUACCUGGGACUGUACAGCGUCAACCCUAAAACUGGGCACAAGACUCUGCUGCUGCCUAAUUCACAAGGUGCCGAUGGUGUCCCCUUUGCCUUUCUGAACGGCCUGGAGAUUUCCUCUCAGACUGGGAUCAUCUAUUUCACAGACUCUUCCAGUCGCUGGGGACGCCAACAUGUGAAAUUGGAGGUGAUAGAGUUGAACAGUCUGGGUCGUCUGCUGUCCUACGAUCCAGAGUCGGGGAGUGUGAGCGUCCUGCUGGACUCCCUCUACAUGCCCAACGGCAUCGUCCUGUCGCCUGAUGAACACUUCCUGCUGCUGGCAGAGACCAGCAUCGGAUGUAUACUGAGAUAUUGGCUCAAGGGUCCUAAGGCUGGCACCAAGGAGAUCGUCAUGGACAACAUGAUUGGUUACCCUGACAACAUCCGCCUGAGCGACCACGGAACAUUCCUGGUUGGCAUAACAACGCCUCGCUUCCGGAAGUUCAUGCCUCCCUUCCUGGAUAUGAUCGCCCCGUACCCAGCUGUCAAACGCUUCCUUGCUAAGGUGAUUCCUCUGAGCUGGUACAACAUCAUGCUGCCGCGCUAUGCUCUGGUUCUGGAGCUGGGAUUGGACGGCCAGGUUAUAGGAACACUCCAUGACCCCAGCGGCAGUCUGACGUGGGCCAUCAGCGAUGUCUUCCAGCACCGAGGGAGAACCUACCUGGGCAGCACCGACCUGCCCUUCCUGCCUGUCGUGGAGGAAUGGGAGAGCUGACGAGGGAGGGCGAGAACUGAACAAAAACACCUCCCAGCAAAACAAAAAGUGGUAUUAACUCACAUCUACAGCUGCCAUUUUUAAGACUUUGAGCUAACACUUUCACCUGGGGCGACACAUGGGCGCUGGCUGGUUGAGUGGUUGGUUUCAGGCUGUUCUCCUCAGGCCACCUUGCGACCUUGUGCCCGAAGUGUGGUGAAGUACAACUGAGCAAAUACAUCUCGCACUACAAUGUCAAAUUAAGACAGAUGUUAGGACAGUUAAAGGUGCAUUAAGUAUUUCCAUGACUUUUAUCAGACUGUAUUCAACAACACUGACAGGAUUUCUCACCAGACAUAAACGCCUGAUGAAAAGGUAACUUUGUGCCAUUUUUCAAAAAAAUGACUUGUUAUGGGACUGAAUUUGUAACAGAGUAAACACUGGCAUAACUCUGCAGCCCUCAUGACUGCAGUAGCACUUAAAAAAUAGAGACAUUUACUGAUUUUUAAUGUUUUUUUUUUUUUUUUUUCUUGUUUAUCUGUGUUUUUUCAAUACAACCCACACCUUAUUUUUGCAGGUUGGCACCCAGACCAAUCUACUGAAAGUUUACUGUUGUGUGGGGAGGCUAAAAGUAUGCUAACCACAGUGUUGUAUGUCACGCUGCAGGGAUCAAAACAUGUUGCCAAUGUGAAGUAGCACACAGCUUUGGGUUUUACUGAAUCUGAACCCCUUUAGACCCGUAGAGUCUAACCUGCUUUUAUAAAAUUUGAUUUUUUUAAAAGUUGAAUUAUACUUUGAAUCACUACUGGAUAAAACAUUAAGGACAAAAACACUGUAAAGGACGCUCUUAACAAAUAUUUUUUCAUGUGACAACAAAAAAUGUUAGUAUCAAUUCUGCACUGAUAAUGAGUAUUAGUCAACAACUGGAGAAAAUCAGGACUUCAGGAAAUUAGCUUUUGCCUUAGGAAGCAAAUGUGGCCGCAAUAACCUUGUGUGGGCAGUCUAUAGCGUGAAGAUUUGUACAGUUAGUCAGGUGUAAUCCCUACACACAAACACUGAGGACUUUUGACAUGUGACCCUUGUCAUGUACAUUUUUCCAUGUUCAACCAAUAAAUAAUCAGAUCUGGGAUCAGUAUGGUCAAAUCAGAGUUUAUGCUUGUGUGUAAAUUUAACGUGAGGGUUUUUCUUGUGUAUGUAUGUUCAAUUUACUUUAUGGACUAAAGCAUAUUUUAGAUGAGAAUAACAGCUGAGAUAGAUGAAAAUCACCUGAAUCCCUUAAGCACACGGAAGGAUUCAGUAUUGCUGUUUUUACAUACAGCAUCUCUUCUCUUCUCAAUAAUUUUAAAAUUAUUGUGAACACGGUAGAAAAAAAGCGAGGUGGUUAUCUAUGGCAUCCACACUAUUUAUGCAUGAAAAUUUAAUUGCCCUUUAUUUUCUCAUCAUUGACUUUUCAAAUUUGAACUAAGACAACAGGACUGCUUUGUCUUGGAUCUCAUUUUCUCAAAUGGAAAAAAAAAUGAUUGUUUUUGGUGUCCAAGUUGCCCUUUUGACAGAAACA